CACAUGUAACAAACAACAAACAUAUUUAUUCGUUUUGGGAGAUCAAAUAUUGCUAAAGUCGCACAGUAAUUUCAUUUUCGUUUUUUAUAUUGAUAUAUUGGUUGUUUCAUGCGCUUUUAUCGAAAUGGAUCGGAUUUUUGGAAAUGUCAACAAUAGAUUCAAGAACGUUGGCAAUAUGGAGGGCAAGCGAAUGGCCCUCAAGCUCGUUGGAUUCUAUGCCAUGGGUUGGACGCUGCGCAAACUCCUCAAAUAAAUACUAUUGUACUAUAUAUUGGUGAUCGCAAAUAUAUUCAAAUUUCAUGUUUUGAAAUGUAUAAAUUCUGUCAAUUAAAUAUGAAACUUACCUCAAAUCA